GCCAUAUGGGAGCCAGGCUCCUUGAGGACCUGACGAGCUUGGUCAGGUCGCCGGAGCUGAAGGAUGAGAUCAGCAAGGAAGUGAAGAAGGACCCGUCGAACCUCACCCAGGUCGAGGCCAUCUGCCUCUACAUCCGUGUCGGGCGAUAUGCUGCGGCCAUCGCGCUGCUCAUGGGAGCACCUCCAGAGGAAGCGAAGGCAGACACGACUGGCCACCUCGAGUGCCUCUGCCAUCUCGUGACGGCCUACCUCCGGCAGCUGCAGCAGAGGGCUGAAACGAAGUGGGUGUCGUCACCGGAGAACGCAGAGUUGGCGGGCAGAUGCCGUGCUGCCUUCCAAAAACAGCGGCCUGUGGCGGAGAUGGCAAAGCAGGCCAAGCCGGAUCCAUCGGAGAAGGACGCGCACGAAGCUGUCAAGAUGUGCACCGAGCUGCGAGCCGUCCUCCUGAAAGUGUUUGGAGAGAAGAGGUGCGACGACUGGAUGAAGAACUCUGGUCGCCCCAAGAUUCGCGCUUUCAUGAAGGACUGCCUCAAGCGGAACGAAUUUCGGGCAACGGCCCUCUUGGCCAUGCAUGCGGUGCAGUGGGCCGUGACCCACCCCGAGAUUCGGGAGGAGCACGACGACAGCCUUGUCGUGGACGACCUGAGUAGUCUUGGGACUGCUUGCUCCAAGCUGGAGCUGUACGACAUCGCGGAGAAGGCCUUUCAGGAAGCGACGCGCGCCUUCCACGCCCGCUACUGGGAGACCGAGAACAAGCCCGCCAUUGGCCUCGUGCUGUACAACUACUCGGACCUGUUGCUUCAGCUGGGUCGCUUCGACGAAGCAGAGGCGACCUGCCGCAAGGCCAUGGAGCAUCACGCGACCCGGAUCGACCUAGUUGUUUGCAUGGCUUCGUUCUCGUCUGCCAGCUUGGGAGGUGUUCAGAUGAUUUCAGAUGAAUGCAGUUCGGGUGUUUACCACGUACGACUGGUGAAUCAGCGGUCCGAGUCGUGGCUUCCAGGCACCGUGUUCCCCUUCUCCUAG